AAUGAAAAAUAAUGAAAAAUAAAUGGAGAUGUAGAUCUAUGAAGAUGGCUCUAAAAAUUUAACUUUCAAUAUCAUCUUUCGUCAUUGCUCAAUCUUAGCUUAGUGGAACUAAAAUCACAAACAGCUCUUCACAUUGUUCAGUCCUGCUGUCAGGCUGUUUCAUCUGCAUAAUUUACACUUAAGUUCAGCGAGUUUCUCUUUUAGUGACUUUUAGUGCCUUGUUUCUAAAAAAACUUCAUAAAAGCAAAGAAUCUCCAGUCCUCCUCCUUGGACCCAUGUGUCCCCUGGAACACUUCUGGAUUGUCCAGUAUCUUUGAGUUGACAGUGAUAUAUUAAUUUAUUAUAAUCUAAUGGUAAUCUUAGAAGGGUCGCAACUUUUGGGUGGGCGGUUACUUUUGGUGGGACUGUUACUUUCUGGGUUCAAUAGGGAGAUAUUUAAAAAAUUAGCAUUAGUUUUGGGGAGCCGUACUUUCAGAUGGUCCGUAGUUUACAUUUAGUUUGUCCAAAAACAUCUUGAUUCCAUCAAUAACCUUUAUUGUGUAUUAAAUACUUGUUUUCAUUGUAAAAUUGUCUUGAGACCAUUGAUAGUGUUUUCAAUUACUUUUUUACAAUAACCUUUAUAUAUAAUAAAUAUUUGUUUUCCUUUAAAAUAUUCUUUGGGCCACAGUGUUAUACUUUUGUUUAUAAAACUACAGCUGAACAUAUUUUUCUCUCUCACACGAAUACUGUAUACCGGUAUUUAAAAAAUAUGAUGAAUUUUGCUACCUCUCUUUAUACUUACAUUACUUUUCUUUUCUGUGUAACUUCAGACAAUUUUUGAUGCCAGGUUUGGUUGACACUCACAUUCAUGCUCCACAGUAUGUGUUCACGGGUACAGGCUAUGAUCUGCCUCUCCUAAAGUGGCUUGAAAAAUACACUUUUCCCUCAGAAUCAAGAUUUGGAAACAAAGAAUUUGCUGAGUAUGCAUACAGAAAAGUGGUGACAAGACUUCUUAAAAAUGGAACAACAACUGCAUCAUACUUUACUACUAUUCACUAUGAGGCCACAGAAAUCUUUUGUAAUAUCGUCGAUGAACUUGGACAGAGAGCCUAUGUUGGAAAAGUUUGUAUGGAUAUUAACAGUCCACACUACUAUGUUGAAAAAACACAACAGUCUAUACAGGAUACAGAAAGGAUAAUCAAUUAUAUAUUGGGACUCAAGAAUCCUCUCAUCACUCCUGUUGUUACUCCAAGAUUUGUUCUCUCUUGUUCCUCGGAUCUGAUGAAGAAUUUAGGACAUCUUGCUAAGAAAUAUGAUCUUCCAAUUCAGAGUCACUUGAAUGAAACAAAGAAAGAAAUCUCCUUGGUGAGAGAAGGCUAUCCAGAUCAUAGCUAUACUGCCAUAUAUGAUAAGCAUGAUUUGCUGAACAGUAAGACAUACAUGGCACAUUGCUGUCACUCAACAGAGGACGAACUCAGUCUUAUGUUAGAAAGAAGUACAGCAGUGUCCCAUUGCCCAACAUCAAAUUUUAAUAUCAGAAGUGGUGUUGCUGAUGUUAGGCACAUGUUAAACUUGAAGAUGAAAGUGGGAUUAGGCACAGAUGUUUCUGGUGGAGAAUCACCAUCAAUGUUGGUAGCUAUUCGUGACUGCGUCAAGGCGUCAAAUGUUGUAAGCUUUGGCAAGUCAGAUGGGUUUAAACCACUCAGUUUUAAAGAGGCUUUUUUCCUUGCUACUCUUGGAGGAAGUCAAGUUCUCGGCCUUGAUGACAAGAUAGGGAAUUUUGAGGUCGGUAAAGACUUUGAUGCUUUAGUUAUUGACUCUGAUGCCCCGGAUGCACCGUUUGAUCGUUUUAAUGCAGAUGAUUCAAAGGAUAUAGUUCAAAAGUUUCUUUUCCUUGGUGACGACCGAAAUAUUCAACAAGUGUACGUGGCUGGAAAACUUGUUUCAGGACGAGAUGUCGUCACAAAGAGUCCACCAGAAUACAUAGAAAUUGAUUAGAUAUUGGAAUACGCUAUAGUACCCGUCCAGAACCGGGACAGAUACAGAGGGAGGUACAGAGCGGGGGGGAGGGUACAAAGGGAAAUACAUGGGGAUACGAGAAGAGACUACAAACUUGAUUACAUCACGACUGUCAGUGAUCGUUUAAGAUGAUUCUCCCUCUGCUUCCUGAUUGAUGCACGAUGUAAUUGUUGUAGUUAUAAAUUUGUAAGUCUCAUGUGGUCAAAGUAGUAUUUUGGUAGCUAUUGUGUAAAUUUAAUCCAUGAAUCGAGCCGAAAACCAAACGAAAAAUUCGCAAUGCCUGCGGACCUGACAAGAGAAGAUAAAGAGGGAUAGGGUAUUCAGUCCUCUCGUGAAUAAUGUUACCACGCGCGGUGCGUGGGUGGUGCGUGGAUGUUUACUCGGAGGAUGACAAUACGUGCAAGGUGCUCAGGCAGUUCGGCUGCGUGAGUAACAUUUGCGUCACAGGAUUACCAAUUUCUAGACCUCUCUGGAAUUUCUAAGGCCUGGGGUGAUCUAAAAAUAACUUGAAAGAAAUCGCGUUUCUUUGGGUUUGGCAAAUAUGUUAUGGUAUUUUGUCUUGGUGGAAACAUAUUGAUGCAACGCAACGUUUCUGUUGAAAUUUACAAACUGAGGAAUAAAGAGUGCAAAUUUGUUCAAAGCGCGUGCAAGUUGUUUGUUUCCAGACCAGCCCCUCAAGGGACGUUAUUUCUUUGGUUAAUGGCCCCUUAAUACAUCCACAAGCAAGUUCCUUCAAAAAGGGACCUUGAUCAGAAGCGCCAACAAAGAGUCGAAAAGAGCAUGUUCUCCAUUGUGCGACAGGCAUGCAUUCGUUAAUACCUUCGUUUCUUUCAUCACUUUGGUUUACUGACGUGAGAUGACGAAUCCUUCCAUCUUUGUUUUGGAGAUGAGAUGGCUCUUUGACUCUAAUGUUGAACAUAUAAGAAGCAGUUAGUGUUGUGAGGUUAUCCGUCCGGUUUUGACGGAAGAAAGUGCAACUAUGAUAAGUAGCUCUAUGGUAAAUUCUAACAGUAUAUUGCAAAAGCAUAGAACUUAACAAAACAAGAGAUAAUGAUGUAAUAAAAAAAAGGGGCAUGCAAGUCAAGGUACAUUGGUCUGAUUUUGUUAAAAGAUUAUUGCGUACAUCUGAACAUUGUAAAUAAGUAAACUUCGUCAACUGAAUAUUAACAAAAUGAUCUGGAGAAUUAAUUAAUUCUGUGGUAGCUUCUACUGGAGAUAAUUAGGUGACAUUCGGAAGUGAUUUUUUCUUUUAAGAAUUGAGUACAGGGACAGUAGAAAGGUGAUUUUCGUCUUCAAUUUGAUUGGAUCCACAUGAAGGACAGACAAACUUGGGAUUUAAUAAUACCACUUUCAAUCAUGAGUUUGUGAUAACCUAUUCGAAGUUUCACUUAUUUUCGUAUUAUUAAGUUUGCUUGACUUGUGGUUAAGUAUUGGAAAUCGGCCCAAAGAGAAAAUACUUGCGCUGAUUGGUUUAAAAUCGUGUUUCUAUUUAACAUUGCGCUCUCGUCAACCAUCACGCAUAUAAAUCGAGAGCGAACAAUCUUAUUGUUUUAAUAUAAAUCUUCAUCUAGUUUAUCUAAAGCCUUUAGCCGUUCAAAUCUUUAUCUAAAGCCUUUUCCCAGACACCUAGAAAACGCAAAGACGCGGCCCCACACUGCUACGCUACUCGCUAUCUACAACAGAAUAAAUAGCGAGUAGCGUAGCCAAUCAGAGAACGGCAUUCGUGAUAGAGCAGUAGAAGAUUUAUGUUGAAGUCUGAGUUCAUUUGAAUAAAAUAAUUGAAUAAAACUCGAUAGAAACACAGAACUAGCACAGGCUGUGGCGCAAGCAGAGAUAAUUUACAUUUUGAUGAUCAAAGUAAACAACUUUUUUUUCGCUGCGGCAUUUUCUAAAAGACAGCAAACACGUUCUCUACUAGUCUCCCGCCCUUUUCCCUCUUUCCAUCGUUCCCCGCGCGCCCUCCCACUCCCAAUAUUAAAUUUCCCACAGGGAGCCUCCGCGAAGUAAUACCAAUGAAUCGCAAGUGGCGUUCGUCGUAGGAGAAACUAACUGCUCGCAGGAUAAGGGGCAGUUUAGUUUAGGAAGAAAAAUCGGCGUCGAAACGUAGGAUAAAAAGCCCUAAUUACAUGUAACUGUCUCAGGAAAUUCAGCGAU